AUGACUAGGUGGGAAGCUGACUACUAUCUGAGCCCUACCUACGACCAAUUCCUGUUUGACGAAUAUCUGGAAAUGGUACUCCAAUUUGGAUUCGUGACAUUGUUUGUGGCGGCAUUCCCGUUAGCUCCACUGUUUGCUGUUCUUAACAAUAUUUUCGAGAUCAGGCUUGACGCUUACAAGUUCCUUAUUACAACCCAGAAGCCUGUACCUGCUCAAGCGAGGAACAUCGGUGUAUGGUUGAGAAUUCUGGACAUGAUUAGCAAAUCCACUGUUCUCAUAAAUGUGAGUCCAUCAGCAGCCAUUACCAUUUUUGAGGCACGUUAUUUGUAUAGGUUGAUAAUGCACCUUGGGCUGGCGUCCCGCAGUAGCUCUGGUGUACAUUGA